AUGGGAUUCAAAUUUGAAAUUGUGUAUAAGCCCGGGAAGGAGAAUAGGGCUGCUGAUACUCUAUCUAGGCAAGACGAGUCACUUGAACUAAUGGGAUUUUCAUUAUGGCAGUAUGAUGAUGUGGAAGAAUGGGAAAGAGAGGUACUAGCUGAUCUGAAAUUGAGCAAAAUUCUGCAGCAACUCAUUACCGAUAAAGAGGGGGUAGAAGGGUACAGCGUGAUACAUGGCUGUCUACACUACAAGGAGAGGUUAGUUCUACCAAAGGAGUCCACCAGAAUUCCUUUGCUCCUUAAAGAAUAUCAUGACUCCCCAAUGGGGGGCCAUUCGGGCUACUUACGCACCUACAAGCGGCUGUCCAAUGAAUUGUUCAAGCAAGCCAGCACGCAACUCUGUCUCAGUUCCUCUUAUCAUCUAGAAUCAGAUGGGCAAACUGAGGUGUUAAAUAGAAGCUUAGAAACUUACUUGCGUUGCUUUGCAAAUGAGAAGCCUUCACAAUGGGCUAAAUGGCUAUCUUGGGCUGAGUAUUGGUAUAACACUUCCUAUCAUGGGGCAGCCGGUAUGACACCCUUUAAAGCAGUGUAUGGUCGGGAUUCUCCGGCAUUCUUGAAGUUGAGUGGUGAACCUUCAGCUAUAGAGGAUGUAAACGAGCAAAUUCAGGCUUGGAAUCAGAUCAUCUCCCUUUUACGGGACAAUUUGGCUAAGGCUCAAAGCAAAAUGAAAGAGCAAGCCAAUAAACAUAGAAGAGAUGUCCAGUUCAAUGUUGGAGAUUUUGUCUAUGUGAAAUUGAGACCUUACAGGCUGAAAAUGUUGGCUAAGAGAGUCAAUGAAAAGUUGAGCCCUCGUUUUUAUGGCCCUUUCAAGGUUCUUGCAAAAGUUGGGAAUGUAGCCUACAAACUGGAAUUACCACCCACAGCUCGCAUUCACCUGGUAUUUCAUGUUUCACAGCUGAAACAAUCUGUGCCUUCGAUAGUGGUGAAUCCUACCAUUCCUCCAGCCCUUACUAGUGAACUAGAACUACAAGUGCAGCCCGAAGAUAUUAGAAGGGUUCGUCGGCUUAUGAAUGGACAGCAAGAAGUGUUGGUUAAAUGGCAUGAUCUACCUGAAUUUGAAAAUUCCUGGGAAGGUGCAGGCCUGAUUUGCAAACAAUUUCCAGCAUUUCCCCUUGAGGAUAAGGUGAAACUUUAG